AUGGCAGCCCCACAAGCAGAACCACGGAGACCUACGAGUAUGUCUGGUGCAGGUGAAGCACGACCGCGUCAAUCCUCGUCUUCAUAUGUCGUCGGGAAUGCACCACAGUAUACAGCCACGAGGCGGCAUUCGCUCUACGGGACCGAAGACAGAAUCAUCAUCGACCCGGGUUCACGAUUCUGGAAGGUUGGGUUCAGCGGCGAGGGGAAGCCACGCCAGGUUUUCCUCGUAGGCAGUAGGCAUGUAGGACACGCGCACGACGAGGCUGGGGGUGGUGUGUCACAGCUUUGGCAGUUGGAAGGUCCCAAGACUGCCGAGGAGAGGGAGGAAGCGGACCGGAUGCUCGCUGCGAGGCUACAAGACGCGCUAAGGAGCGUGUUUUUUGAGUCACUUAUGACCGAUCCAAAGUCGAGGAAAGUGAUUAUCGUCGAGCAUCCGUUACUUCCAUUGCGAGUCAAGGAUUUGCUCGCCAAAAUUCUAUUCGACAACCUCAAUAUCCCAUCUUUGUCGUUUGCAUCGAGUUCUCUGCUCGCGCUUAUAGCUGUCGGACGGACGAGCGGCCUCGUAGUGGAUUCCGGUCAUCUAGAGACCUACGCACUCCCUAUAUCCUCAUCUCGACCCAUGUACCCAUUAAUCAAGACGACGCCCCGAGCAGGCGCACGACUCACCCAACACCUCCGUGCACUGAUACUUGAAUUCGGCACUUUUCAUCCUCCCUUUGCUACCCUCGCAGGCUCGGCGAAUACUGCACCACGACCUACACGUAUACCCCCGGAAAUUCUGACCGAUGCCAUCAUUGAAGACAUCAAGACGAGCUGUUGCUUUGUGGGACGGGUCAUGAGCCAAAGCCCGUCAGGUGCUCCCGACACAAUGGGCAUUGACACAGACAUGCCCUCGCCUCGCACCGAAGAUCGAAUGUCGGUCGAUCCAGAAUCUCAACCACACACGCCAUUGCGAAGUGGUCCAAACAGUGGGACGCAGACACCCGUACGACAAUCGCAGGCAGGAUCUUCUGCAAGCUGGGCUACUCGUUAUCAGCGAGAUUCUUCGGCUGUAGACUUUUUGGUCCCGGUCAAGCCUCCACCACCACUGUCCGGAACUGGAAGGGGAAGCAUUCGUGUACCUGGAUGGGUUCGCGAGCGAGCUGCAGAGCUACUGUUUGAAGCUGGAGAUGUGGAUGAAGCAAGUGUUGCUGAAGUCGUACUACAAUCACUACUCAAGACCCCAGUUGACCUGAGAAAGGAUCUCAUUUCGACCAUUGUAGUGAUAGGAGGAACGGCGAUGAUGCCUGGCUUCAUACCACGACUGCAUGACGAGAUUGUACGAACGCUCACCAAGGUCACACCGACAGCCUCAGUACGAAGUCCAAAACGGCGAGCGUAUGAUCCCUAUGAACCUCUACGCGCAUUAGUAGAUCAUGUGGCCAUUCUCAAUAAUCCUUCCCCUGUUCCAUCUCGUGCACGUACCGCUGGAAGUGCGCCUGCUUUUGCGCCGCUUUGCAUGUCGUGGGUAGGAGGUUCAAUAGCUGGAGCACUCAAGACAGGCGGACAAGAGAUAUUGCACGACAAGUGGGACGAAGCCUCUGUGGUUAUCGAGGAACCAGAGACGCCUCUCCAUGGACUCGCUACACGGGAGAAUAACUUUGUGCUCCCAGAUUGGACGCGUGCGCCAUUACGUGUCGGUGCACCUCAUGCGGGUGUCCACCCACCACGACAAUACGGCGUUCCCCUUGAUGAGCCAAUCACCGUUUAG